AUGUCUGAAAGCAUGCUCUCUCCAUAACCACCACUAGCUGCACAGGACUCGUGUCUCUUUCAGUGGCGAAUAUGUCAUCUUUAACGGGAACGGUGAAAAAUCUCAAUGAUAGUAGAGUCCAGGCUCUGCAAGCCCUCGUAAGCUCUGUCUCACCAGAGGGCACCACAGGCACAAAGACAGACAUAAGCAAGCUCACCAUAGAUCAAAUCCGUAAUCUCACCGACAAAAUUGGUGAAAUCCUAGGAGACGAGACGGAGAUUACUCAGGACGAGUCCUCUGACCAAACGAAACGUAACGAGAAGGGUGAGCUGGUGAAUGAAGAGGGCCUUCCCAUCGUUGAUAUCAGUGAACCUGUCGUGGGUGCUGCUGAUACUACGUUUGCCACAGCGAGCAACCUCGAUCAUCCGGACUUGCUUCCCUUGUGGGCUAUCUCUGCCUCUGAGAAGGAGCGUCGCAAGGCUGAACGUGAACGAAUACUGGAGAUUUUGGAAGAGGAAGAGCGCAUACAACAUACGAGAGACGAAGCUGCCGCUCGCGAAAAAUGGAAAGCUGAAUUGGAACGCAGAAAGGAAGCUGGAAAAGCCGAGAUGGAACGCUUGAAGAAGGCUAAGGAGCUUCAGAAGAAGAUGGGUCGAGCCUUGAUUAGGAGUGUAGUCGAGGCUCGGGAAAAUGAAGCCCAGGAAGUAGCAGCACUGCAAGAGGAGGAAUCAACUCAGCGACCUGCUGAAACCCCGACCUCACACAGAAUCAAGCCGAAAAAGAGUGUGUCUUUUGCCCCAGACGUCGACGAACAGGAGUCGCCAUCCGAGGAGAAGGGUAAAGCCAUCGAUUGGGGAGACGUCGCUCCCGCAAGGCUACGCCCUUCCAAGAGUGCUUCCUUAUUGACCAAGUCUCAAGAGGACAAGCAGCCCAUGAAGAUGCAGGUCGUUGAGCGUAUACCAGGUGUUGCCAAGAAAGCCCCCACCCCAGAGCCAGAAAGUAUCUGUGAUUCGGAUGAUGAGUCCGUCCCUGAUGACAACACGGUCUACGAUUCCGAAGAUGAUCAAAAAGAGUCCCGAGGACCAGCGGAUUCAGAUCUGAGCGACGAAGAUGUAGAGUGGGAAGAAGACGACCUCGAUUUUGCUCGACAUCAACGCGAAGUUGCGCUGGCCUACUAUGAGAAGCGAGCCACUAUGACGAGCGAGGUCUCAGCUGCCAUGAAGGCACACAGUCAUGAUAAUGACAAUGAGUGGGAUCAACCGGAGGUGCCUUUGGAUGCAACUCUUGCGUCGCCUCCUCCAAAAGCACCGGUGUCCAGGUUCAAAUCGUCAUUAGUAUCUCGUUCUGCUACGACUACUAUGGCCUCCCAUUCGUUAGGUCAAGCUGUCUUGCCAGCAUCACAGUCGUCUUCAAUUAAGAGUGCGAUACGCAUGGGUAAGCUGAAAGAUGGUAAACUUGUCGGCGAACCUGGAGAGAGCGAUGAUGACGUGGAAGAGGAGGCACGAACCAUCCUCGAGCUAUUGCAGAAAGGCGAGGUUACCAAUAUCGGUCCACAACCAGUUCCAAAGUCAAUUGACUCCCAGGAGAGCAAAGUUACAUCAGUUGCUCGUCCAGAAGCGGACAGUCGUGCACCCGAGGCAAAACUUAAGUCAAAGGUCUCAAGAUUUAAAGCAGCGAUGGCUUCGACACCCUCACCCUUGGGACCUGAUUCACCUGGUGAUGACUCGGAUUUGAACACGCCGAUUUGUUUCACGGAGCGAUCGUCACCCAAGCUUUCAUCACCUCAAAUCGCCCGACCGAAGGCUCACCCUAUUGCCGUACCCUCAUCUUCGUCCCAGCCUCCUCCAAAGCCUCAGCCAGGACCAAGUAGAGUACGAAAUUCUGCAACUCAAAAGCUACCAUCUCCAGACGCACUGGUAGCUAAUCCGCCCUUGCCUCAACCUCAGAGUGUGCAUACCCUCGAGGGCUUACCAGCAGCAUCGUUCCAUCCUGUUACGAACCCCUUCUCUAUGAUCAUCGAUUCUCCUUCAUUUCUUCCACGCGGAGUGGUUGAAUCCCCAUCUGCUCCUGCCCAGCCUCCUGCAUCUAGCGCUUCUGCCAAGGCUAGAGUCGCGGCCUCGAAUGCACGGCCAGCGGCAUCGGUUCAGAAAGUCACCGACAGACCCCCAGUAGUUAUAGCUGCAGAGGUAAAAGAAUCGAAGCCGCUCAAUCGAGGUUCUGAGAGGGCUGAGCCAAGGCAAAGGGUUUCUAGGUUCCUAGCAGAACGGAUGUAGCUCUGGUAUCGUAGCACCGUACAGUAUAUGCGAGAAUAGUGACUUUUCUAAAGACCUUCCAAAUUCGCCC